AUGCUCUUGGCAAUCUUGGCGGCUCUAUUCGCUACCGUCGUCGCCGACUGUGACGUCUCCUCUUUUGGAGAGGCCAACAAAGAUCUCGCCGUUGCAGUCUGUCGCGUCGAGGUUCGGGAUUCCAUCAAAACAUCUUCUCUUGUUUUUUAUCCUGGUAGAGGAUUAAAUUUUCAUGUUUUCGUAUAGCGCACAAGUUUUUUGGAAGAGAGCCUCUCAAAUUAAGAUUUCCUAAUUACUUCUUCUUAGAAAGAUUUGAAAAUUGUUGGAGAGUAGGAAAAUGAAAAGCCGACUUUCACUGAAUUUAUUUAUGAUAAAAUUUGUUCGGAGUAAAUCCUUCUUGUUAUUGGUUUCAUUUGUAGGAUGAAUCUGGAUAACCGAUUAUUAUGUUUAGGAGCAGCUGCAUGUGGUUCAAAACGCUCUGCAAGAGUUACUUCAAAGAACUGGUAAACCUAGUUGAAAUGGACAUACAGACCUAUCGAGUUCAAGAUAUAACCAUUCCCGACGAGGAAGGAGUCCGCAUGGAGAAGCGCAAAAACGAGUUCAUCCGUUUCGGAAAGCGGAGCGCCGAGUAAGUUUCUCAUAGGCUCGACUGUUUACCGCCGCUGCUUAACAAUGCAUUUCAAAUUUGUCUCAAUUUCAGGAACAUUAAACGCAAGAACGAAUUUAUCCGGUUCGGAAAGAGGAAGAACGAAUUCAUUAGGUUAGGACCAAAGACAUCAUUAAAUGUUUCUUCCUUGCAGGUUCGGUCGAAGUGACCCGCUUCUUCUCGAAGAACUGCCAAGUACGUUAUUAUCCUUCUAAAUCUUCUGGAAUCCAAUAAUAUCGGUUUUCAGCGGACAAGAGGAAGAACGAGUUCAUCCGUUUUGGUUAA